AUGCUUUUCGUUUCUCUCGCAGCUUUUGCAUGGGCAGUCAGCUGUCCUGAGGACGAGGUUCUUAUCGACGAUCAAUGCAUCAAGAAGACGUGCGUCGGAUUCAACCAGCUCGAAUGCAUGGGAUACGGCAAAUGCAUGAAUGGCAUCUGUCUUUGUGAUGAUGGCUUCGUCCUCCAAGGGACAUUUAAAUGUAUACCAAUAACCUGUAUUGUCGAUGGCAAGAUGUGCCCCAAUGGCCUCUGCCAGCAAAACGUCAGUGGCAACUGGUACUGCGGCUGCAAUACCAACUACACCCCGUCUGGAGGGCGAUGCAUCCCUAACGAAUGUGUUACAGGGAUGUUUGAGUCGGGAGAGGCAGAGAUCUGUCAUACUCGGGGAGUUUGUGACAUUGAGAAUAAAGUGUGUACGUGCUCUUACCUUUAUGCAGGUUUCCACUGUAAUGUGUGCAGCGCAGAUGCAGAGGUGCUGGACGGGGAUACGUGCGCACCUUCCAUCUGCGUCCACGAGGACAAGUCUGGUCAUCGUAGCAUUUGUGGCGGACACGGAAAAUGCAUCAGGUACGACGUUUCGCCAUAUCCUGACGACUUUAUUUACAUGUGCGAAUGUGACGUUGGGUAUACAAAUAUCCUUGCUGAUAACUGCGUGAAUGACCACUGUGUUGACCCCGAGCAUCCCAGCAAGGAGUGCAGCGGCCAUGGAGAGUGUAAGGAUAACCGCUGUGUUUGUAAGGAUAACUAUGCUGGCAGCUACUGCGAAAUCAAGCACGAGCACUAG